GUUUCAAAACUAAUAAACAAAAUAAUUCCAAAUAGUGUUUUUAGGCUGAUAUUACUACUACUUAAAAGAAAAAAAGAACAUAAAAAUAGAGCCCAUAUUUUGCUCUGCCAUUCCCAAAGCCGAUUCUCUUUGGAAAUUUGGUAGAAGAAGUGGUAGUGGAGCAGCUGAACCUAACAUCAUCAUCAUCCAUGGCGGCACCGAUCUGGCUAUGGGCUUUCUCUGUAGCCCUAACUCUGGUUCCGUCUGUUUUUGGAAACUCUGAAGGAGAUGCUCUUUACACGUUGAGAAAAAGUUUGACCGAUCCAGAUAACAUACUCCAGAGCUGGGAUCCGAACCUUGUUAAUCCUUGUACUUGGUUUCACAUCACUUGUAACCAAAAUAAUCGAGUCACUCGAGUAGAUUUAGGUAAUUCUAACCUGUCUGGACAUUUGGUACCUGAGCUUGGGAAGCUUGAGCAUUUGCAGUAUCUGGAGCUUUACAAAAAUAACAUCCAGGGAACCAUCCCAACUGAACUUGGGAACUUGAAGAGCCUCAUUAGUUUGGACCUAUAUAACAACAACAUCUCAGGGACCAUUCCUCCUUCACUAGGGAAAUUGAAGUCUCUUGUAUUUUUACGGCUUAAUGACAACAAAUUAACUGGACCAAUCCCUAGGGAACUUGCCGGUAUUUCAAGCCUCAAAGUUGUUGACGUCUCAAACAAUGACUUGUGUGGAACAAUUCCUACCAGUGGACCAUUUGAGCACAUUCCUUUGAACAACUUUGAGAAAAACCCUCGACUGGAAGGUCCUGAGCUGCUGGGGCUUGCAAGCUAUGACACAAACUGCUCGUAAAGGACAUGUUGACGCUAUAAAGCUUCGAAUUAGAUAUGAAUCCGCAUGGUUUGAAGUAAUAUGUAAAUCUGUAUACCAGCUCGACUGUAUUAGCAUCUGUAACUCAAUUACCCUACUCCUAAAAUGUUGAAGACGACUAGUAUUGGUGAAUGUAACGGUAGCGACAAGUUCCCUUGUGGUGUGCA